AUGGACCAUAAAAUCACAAUAAUCGACAAUGGGAGUGGUUUCACGAAGGCUGGUUCAUACACAGAUUCCCUUCCAACUGCGGUUUUUCCGACAUUAGUUGGCUACACGAAAACAAAAGAAGCCUUUCCUGGUGAUUUUGCGAAUUUCAAGAGUGGAGUUUCACUAGCGGAGCCCAUAGUUCGAGGCCAAGUGAAGAAUUGGACUGAUUUAGAAGAAGUUUGGCAGUCUGUUUUUGAUGAAUUAGAUGCGGAUCCCGUUGAUCAGAAAGUACUUAUUACCGAACCUACGAUGACUCCCUUUGAGACAAGAGAUCGCUACGAACAAAUCAUGUUUGAAACUUUCGAUGUGAAAGGUCUUGACGUUCAGUCGCAAGGUUUAAUGUCGUUAUACUAUGACGGGAAGAAUUCAGGAGUAGUAGUCGACUGUGGAUAUGGCUUAUGUCAAGUUGUUCCGAUCUAUGAAAAUAUGGUUCUAGAACACGCCACAUUACGCCUGGAAUUAGGUGGAAACGAUAUAACGGAAUAUCUGUGUAAAUUGUUAUCGGAGAGAGGACAUAUAAUGACUACAAAGAAUGAGCGAAAGGAGGUCAACACGCUGAAAGAGGCGAUGUGUUAUGUUGCUUUUGAUUAUAAAGAAGAACUCACAAUUUCAGGCCUCUCGAGUGAAUUGGAGAAGAAAUACGAAUUGGUCGAUGGAAGUGUCAUUGAUAUCGGAAAUGAAGCUUUUCGAUGCACAGAACCAUUCUUUCAACCCAGUUUGAUUGGGAAAGAAAUGGCGGGACUGCCCGAGUUGGUGUAUAACUCCAUUAUGUCGUGUGGGUGCGAUUUAAGAAGAGACUUUUAUAACACUAUUGUCUUGUGUGGAGGAAGUUCCCUGUUUCCAGGAAUGAAGCGUCGCUUUGCUAAAGAAUUGAAGAGAAUUGCACCGGCAAAUAUUAAUGUCAAUAUCAGCGCCGGAAGAACUCGUAACUACUCCUGUUGGCUUGGGGCAAAAGUCUUUGCAACUCUCCCAAAGUUUAAUGAGACGUGCAGAACACGAGAAGAUUACUUUGAGAAGGGUGCGUUCACCAAGAAAAUCAACGCAAAUAAAUGA